AUGUCCCAAGUCACUGAGCAGAUCCAGACUCACCAAGAGAAUGCACUCAAGCGCCCAGGCUUGGUUGAUUUGCAAGGCAAAAUCUCACAACAUAGCAAGGCACAGAAAGCAGAAGAUGACCAGGCCCUCCAGAAAAUCCAUGAGGCCAAUGAAUGCGCUGCAAUGGAAGGUUUGCAGCGGCUUGCUGUUAUGGAAGUAGAAAUGGAGGAAGCAGCUCAAGGUGUGGCAAAGAAACCUGCACCAGUCAAACCCCACCCCCAUCAGGUCAAGAAACAAGCAGUAGCACCUGCUCCUCCAGCUGAUAAGAAGACCACAUCAGCAGGUAAAUCUGGUGGGAACAGGAAGCACAAACUCACUGAUGCUGAUCCACAUGAGGGUGCCGUUGUUGAGGACAGCAAGGGAGGCGAUUUUGACUAUGUUGAUGGAGGAGAGGUCAGGAAGAAAGCCAAGAAGCAAACUAAGAUGUCAUUGAAGGACAAAGUUGGUGAAGUUCGACUGAUGGGACAGGUCAGGUCAACCAUUCAGGGGGCAUGUGUUGAAGACCAGAAAGGAAAGUCUUCUGUUGUGUUAAACAAUCCAAAGUUCUUGUUUGCAGGACAGAUCAAUAGCUGGGUUUCUGAUGUCACACCAAACUCCAAGUCAACAGAUCGGCCUCCUUCAACCACUUCAAGAUCUGGUACCACUGUCUCCACAUUGUCCUUGGCGCAUGGGCCACCAAGCAGCAUUUUAAGUUCCCAACCUACUACAGCGGCAUCUACAAACUCUCAUAGCAAAGUUCCUCUUGUUUCCACCAGUACCACUGCUAUCACUGAUAAGGCUGGUCUUGUUGGUGGCUUUGGUGAUGAGACUUUGGAUGAUUCCCAAGAACAUCUGGAUGCACACUUGAAGAAAGGGAAACAGUCUCAGUCUGCUGUAAAGGUCGCUAUAGAAUUACCCCAACAGACUCAGGAUACUGACAUGGAGCUCAGUGAUAUCAACAUGCCGGACACACAGAUGGUUGCCGACACCCUUGAGGAUGAAGCUGGGAUGUCUGAGGAUAGUGAUAGUAGUGAUUUUUUACCACACAUAUCAACAACCAGGAAGCGCAAACUUGCCAAUCAGAAACCCCAUACCUUCGACCUUGACACCUCAGAUGAGGAUGGCGAGCUUCAAGUUGAUGUUGCUACUACCAAAGCAGCCAAUCGAUCAAAGGCCAUACAUUUUACAUCAUCUACUUCUAAGGUCAAGACCGAAGAAGCUGAUGAUGAUGCUAUGCCAGCACCAACACUUACAGCGCCUCCUGGCUACUGGAUUGAGAAGCACUACCAAUCACGGUUGAGCUACUGGAAUCAUCAUCUCCCUCCUCAAUGCCAAGAUCAGCGGUGGUCCAAGAAUUUCCUGCCAACCCUGUACCUUUGGGCUGGUAGUCAAGACGACCCCUGGCAAUUCACAGACGCUUCUCUGGUCGAAGCACUACAAUGUAUUUUUGAUGUUGUUUAUUCAGACAUCAGAUACAGUGGCUCAAAAAACUGUCCACAUGUUUUGACAUUUUUCACUAUCUAUGAUAUUGUUAUGGCUUCAGGGCUUUUAUUUGAGCCCUACACCGUGGGAAUCGGUGGAGAUAUGGUGGAGACAUAA